AUGGAGGCAAUGCUCCAGCAGUCUCGGGCCAUGUGCCCAUUCCUGAAGCGCACCGCUCCCUCGACCUUGCGCACUUUGUCGACGGCCACUCGCCCAAGCACUGGAGGUGGAACUAUGUCCAAUUUGCAGGUUCUCGCUCGCCGUUGCCCUGUCAUGAGCAAGGCCCUCGCUGUUCAGAGUGCCCGUUUGGCUGAGGCUAAGCGCUUUACCUCUUCCGCGGCCGGUGUUCCCACCAUCAAGCCAUUCCGCGCUCCGGCUGAAAAGCGCUCGUUGCACACCACCGGCGGUCACCCUGCCAGUGUCGCUCCGGGCUCCUAUGAGAAGAGCGAGCAGAUUCACCCUAAUCCUGCCCGCCCUCUCCGUGCCUCCCCCGCCGCUGAAGCCGCAAUCCGUUCCCAACAUCCAACCGCCGCCCCCACCACUCGUUUCGACUACAAUGCAUUCUACAAUGAGGAACUGGACAAAAAGCACAAGGACAAGUCUUACCGCUACUUCAACAACAUCAAUCGCCUCGCCAAGGAGUUUCCACGGGCUCACACCACCUCCGCCGAGGAGCGCGUGACUGUCUGGUGCUCCAACGAUUAUCUUGGUAUGGGACGUAACCGGCACGUCUUGGAGUCUAUGCACCGCACACUUGAUACUUACGGUGCUGGCGCUGGUGGCACUCGCAAUAUUUCGGGCCACAACCAGCACGCUGUGCACUUGGAAGACACGCUUGCCAAGCUUCACGGAAAGGAGGCAUCUCUGGUUUUCAGCUCUUGCUAUGUCGCCAACGACGCCACUCUUGCUACCCUCGGCAGCAAGUUGCCUGACUGUGUGAUUCUCUCUGACAGUCUCAAUCAUGCAUCGAUGAUUCAAGGUAUCCGUCACUCCCAGGCGAAGAAGAUGGUCUUCAAGCACAACGACAUGGUGGAUUUGGAAACGAAGUUGGCUUCGUUGCCGCUCCAUGUGCCCAAGAUCAUUGCUUUUGAGUCUGUAUAUAGCAUGUGUGGAUCUAUCGCCCCUAUCGAGAAGAUCUGUGACCUAGCCGAGAAAUACGGUGCCAUCACUUUCCUGGAUGAGGUGCAUGCCGUUGGAAUGUACGGCCCACACGGUGCCGGUGUUGCCGAGCACCUGGACUACGAGGCUUAUGCUUCCCAAGAUACUGCCAACCCUCAGAGCACCAAGGGAACUGUGAUGGACCGCAUCGAUAUCAUCACCGGCACCCUGGGUAAGGCUUACGGAUGCGUUGGUGGUUACAUCGCCGCCUCUGCCAGCAUGGUUGACACCAUCCGUUCUCUCGCCCCGGGUUUCAUUUUCACCACUUCGCUGCCUCCCGCUACUAUGGCCGGUGCCGACACCGCUAUUCAAUACCAGGCUGAGCAGCCACGUGAUCGUGUUCUUCAGCAGCUGCACACCCGUGCAGUCAAGUCUGCCUUGAAGGACCUGGACAUCCCCGUUAUCCCGAACCCUUCGCACAUCGUGCCUCUUCUCGUUGGCGAUGCCGAGGUCGCCAAGCGCGCCUCGGACAAGCUGCUCGAGGAGCACGGCAUCUAUGUCCAAGCCAUCAACUACCCCACUGUCCCCCGAGGUGAGGAGCGCCUGCGUAUCACUCCUACCCCCGGCCACACCAAAGAGCUCCGCGACCACCUGGUUCAGGCCGUGCAGGCCGUCUGGAACGAUCUGGGCAUCAAGCGUACUAGCGAUUGGGAAAAGCUGGGUGGUUUCGUUGGCGUCGGCGUUCCCGGCGCCGAGGACGCCAACCAGCCCAUCUGGGAAGACUCCCAGCUGGGUCUGAACCCUGCCGAGCCUCUUGAGGGUGCUAUCUCUCGUGAGCUCGAGGCCGACGCUGAGGCCGCCCGGGCUUUCCAGGCCACCGUUGUUCCGACCAUGAAGACUGGUCUUCCUCGGGGCACCCGUGGCUACUCCACCAUCGCCUCCGCUCCUGUCGGUGUGGUCGCCUAA